CGCGCGCCCCGUCAGGCGCCCUCUCGCGCCGCGCCAGGCCCCGCUGCCUCCUGAAGGUUACGCGACGCAGCGGCGGCACGAGGGGGGCUCCCGCCCUCGCCGCCGCCCACCCCGGUGCCCGCCGCGCCGCGCCGGGCCAGCCCGGGCUGCCGGCUGCUGCCACCGCAAUCCCGGCUCCUAAAUCAGCGCGGGGAGGCGACCCCUUCCCCCACCCGGCUCCCGGAGCUCCCCGGGCGGCGAUUGGCCGCGCGGGCGCCCCCCGCCCGCGGGCCCCCCGGUUCCAGCUGCCGCGCCAUUGGCUGCGGGCCUCCGCCAGCCUUUACAUAAGGCCGGGCGCGCUCGAGUGGAGUUGUAUAAAGCGAGCGCGCGGCGUCGGGGCGGGAGGCUCGAGGCCAGCCCGGGACCGGGGCUGGGAGCUGCGAGGCGGCGGCGGCGGCGGCGGCGGCGGCGGAGGCAGCAGCGAGCGCCCGCGCUCCCACGCCCCCCGGCGGUGGGGCCGAGCGAGGCCCAGGAUGGUUCGCGGCACUGACCCCGCUAUGUUCCGGAUGUUACUGGGCCUGCUGCUGCUGUGGCUUCUGCCCCCCACCAAGGGGUCCCAGCGGGCUGAGCCCAUGUUCACUGCAGUCACCAACUCCGUUCUGCCCCCCGACUAUGACAGCAACCCCACCCAGCUCAACUACGGCGUGGCAGUCACCGACGUGGACCACGACGGGGACUUUGAGAUCGUCGUGGCAGGGUACAACGGCCCCAACUUGGUUCUGAAGUACGACCGGGCUCAGAAGCGGCUGGUGAACAUCGCUGUGGAUGAGCGCAGCUCGCCCUACUACGCGCUGCGGGACCGGCAGGGAAACGCCAUCGGGGUCACGGCCUGUGACAUCGACGGAGACGGCCGCGAGGAGAUCUACUUCCUCAACACCAACAACGCUUUCUCUGGGGUGGCCACAUACACAGACAAACUGUUCAAGUUCCGCAACAACCGCUGGGAGGACAUCCUGAGUGACGAGGUCAACGUGGCCCGUGGCGUGGCCAGCCUCUUCGCCGGACGCUCUGUGGCCUGUGUGGACAGGACGGGCUCCGGACGCUACUCUAUCUACAUUGCCAACUAUGCCUACGGCAACGUGGGGCCUGACGCGCUCAUUGAGAUGGACCCCGAGGCCAGCGACCUCUCCCGGGGCAUUCUGGCGCUCAGAGACGUGGCUGCCGAGGCUGGGGUCAGCAAGUACACAGGGGGCCGAGGUGUCAGCGUGGGCCCCAUCCUCAGCAGCAGUGCCUCGGACAUCUUCUGCGACAACGAGAACGGCCCCAACUUCCUCUUCCACAACCAAGGCAACGGCACGUUCGUGGACGCCGCAGCCAGCGCCGGUGUGGACGACCCCCACCAGCACGGGCGAGGUGUCGCCCUGGCCGACUUCAACCGUGACGGCAAAGUGGACAUCGUCUACGGCAACUGGAACGGCCCCCACCGCCUCUACCUGCAGAUGAGCGUCCACGGCAAGGUCCGCUUUCGGGACAUCGCCUCGCCCAAGUUCUCCAUGCCUUCCCCUGUGCGCACCGUCAUCGCCGCCGACUUUGACAAUGACCAGGAGCUGGAGAUCUUCUUCAACAACAUCGCCUACCGCAGCCCCUCCGCCAACCGCCUCUUCCGAGUCAUCCGCAGGGAACACGGGGACCCCCUCAUCGAGGAGCUCAAUCCUGGUGAUGCCCUGGAGCCUGAGGGCCGGGGCACAGGGGGCGUGGUGACCGACUUCGACAGAGACGGGAUGCUUGAUCUCAUCCUGUCCCACGGGGAGUCCAUGGCCCAGCCGCUGUCCGUCUUCCGGGGGAACCAGGGCUUCAGCAACAACUGGCUGAGGGUGGUGCCUCGGACCCGGUUUGGGGCCUUCGCCAGGGGCGCCAAGGUCGUGCUCUACACCAAGAAGAGUGGGGCGCACCUGCGCAUCAUCGACGGCGGCUCAGGCUACCUGUGCGAGAUGGAGCCCGUGGCGCACUUCGGCCUGGGGAAGGACGAGGCGAGCAGCGUGGAGGUGACGUGGCCAGAUGGCAAGAUGGCCAGCCGCAGCGUGGCCAGCGAGGAGAUGAACUCAGUGCUGGAGAUCCUGUAUCCCCGAGAAGAGGACAGGCCUCAGGACCCAGCCCCCCUGGAGUGCGGCCAAGGAUUCUCUCAGCGGGAAAAUGGCCAUUGCAUGGAUACCAAUGAAUGCAUCCAGUUUCCCUUCGUGUGCCCUCGAGACAAGCCCGUGUGCGUCAACACCUACGGGAGCUACAGGUGCCGGACCAACAAGAAGUGCAGCCGAGGCUAUGAGCCCAACGAGGAUGGCACGGCCUGUGUGGCACAAGUGGCCUUUUUAGGUGGGUAUCCCUCGGCAGCCUUUAGCAUCUCUGAGCCGCUCUCUCGGGCCUCCUAUCUUUCUCUAGGCCUUGGACUUUGCCUUCAGUUCUAUGCACUUUAAAUCCCAUCAAUAAAGGAAAACAAAACAAAACAAAAAAGCUAACGGCCUUUGUGGAAAACUCAGUCUCUCCAGCUGCCUGUCUCUCUCUCCACGCCCAGUAGAUUCCGCAGCAGGCUCCCUGUGAUGGACAGCAGGGGCGGCCAUCUUUGAAAAGGGAAGUCUGGGAGAUCCGAGGCAAUUGGCCUCUUGGUGAAGCUCUCCUUUGCAUGUUUUCUGAGAAAACAGACGGGGAAAGCCCCCUCCCCCUCGGAUGCCCCACCCCCACCCCUCCUGAAGAACCACAGUAGCCCUGUCUUUGUGUCCUCUGUGUUGGUGAGCGUCUCGUGUUGCCCCUAACAAAGAUGGCCCCCAGGUGGUUGCCUGGAUCCCGUCCCCUGUGCCUGCUGGCUUGUGCUGUUUCUGCCUUGUGCACCCUGACUUCCUGCGGUAGAGGAAGCCUCUCUGGGUCGGGCUUGGUGAGAGGGAAAGGGUGAGCCCUUUGGGAUUUUGAUAAAAAGGAGAAAAAUGCGGAAGUUUGAACUUGCAGAGUCUUCCAGCUUCUUUUCUGGAGAAACUACGCCAAGAAGCCGUCUACCGGAUCUUAGCACUUAGCUGGUGGAAACCAGAAAAUGCGUCCAGGCAAGUGGACGCCGCUUCGGAUGCCAAAGGAGCAGCAGCCCGUCCACUGAGUCCUGCUACAGAAAGUGCUCCCGGCCUGGACAGGCCCGGGAUGUGGGAUGAGCCAGGCACAGCCUCGGGCCUUCACCUGGGGGAAGUCACUUCCCUGUGGGCCUCAGUUUCCCUAAUCUAAGUGUCAAGAGAGUUGAGCUAGCGUCUCCCUAAGGGCCCUUUCCUUCCUAGGGCUCCUCGGUGUGUGGCUGCACACGGUCUCUCUAGUGUCUGGUGCCUGGGUGUCUAGGAAGAACUUUGCAACUUGGGCUGUGCAGUGUGCCUAGAACGCUGGAAGCACCUGUGGCCAGCGCAGCCUUUGGAAAUGAUGCAAUGGCGUAAAAUGCCUUCCCGGGCAGCCUCGGUCACGGAGCUACGAUAAAUCACAGAUCUGUUCUUCGUGGGGAGGAAAAGUCGCUCCAAGAUAUAAUAAAAUCACACUUAAGAAUGCAGCAAGCCUUUUAAAAACAUGUUUAACACAAAAACUACCGCUUCCUGAUACCGUAAUCAUGCUCCCAAUAAAUCACAGACGAUGAUUUCCUUGUCGCUAGUGCUGGUUUUACGCUGGGAACAGCAGUGUAAAUGAAAAGUUUUGAAAUGAAAAGCGCUACAAUUUCUCUGGAAAGAAUCUACCAACUUAAAAACCGCUCCACUUCUCCUAAGCGCACGCCUGUGCGCUUGAGAUGGAACUGAGGAUCCGGGAGGGGCCCCAGAGAGCAGGCUGGGGGAGACCACGUGAUCAAGGUCGCUUGGCCCAAGGUCACAGCUGGCCCUCGCCAGGGUGGGACCCCUUUCCCACCGCGGCCUCUUGUCUGUGGGGCGGCAGCCUCCCCCCCCCCCCCCAAAGUCACUCUGGAAGCUGCGGAAAUGAACAAGUGAGAAAAGCAGUGCCCCGGGCAGCGUUUCCAAGUGCGGUGUAAGAGACAAGCUGACUGCACCAGAAUCAGGGGCGGGACAAGGCGGAGACAGCCUGCCCAGGGCAGCAGACAGCACAGGUGCCUCACAGGCGACAACCUGUGUAUCACAGGCUAAGGUUGCAUGUAACACCUGUGUCCUUUGAGCCUACUUGUGGGUCAGGGGAAGAAGCAUGGUAGCUGCCCCCACACCGCCUUCCCUUCAGCCAGACGCGAAGCCAAGUGCAUGGCGGGGCCUGGGACGCCGAAGGGCUUUCUGUAAAGUCUUGCCAAGUGGCUCUCUGCACUCGCUCAUAUAUUCGUUCUGUAAGCACUUACUAAGAACUGUGUGACAAGCUCCGCCAAUUAGGAGGUCAAGUUCUCUGCCCCUUACAUGCUGUGUUGGAAGAAAUAGCAGGCUAAAUGUUACAGUGGACAAGUGGGCGCUGACCCAGCUCCACACUGCUCGCCCCCAAGAGCAGGGCCCACCUCAGGGGUCCAGGCAGUCUGAGCAGGUGCUUCAAGUCCAUUGCUCAUCCUUGUCUGGGCCACCCCGGCACGAAACCACACCCAAGCCAACCAAGCUCGGUAUCCCUGCCCCCUGAGACCCCCGGGGGCCGCGGUUGGGGGUGGGCCAGACGCUCGCCUUGCCAUCCUGACCACAGUCGGAUUGGUUUUUCCUGUCUUCUAGUCCUGCCUCGGCUCCUGACAUCUUGCUGUGCUUUUGCUAGAUUUGAAAUUGUAAGAAAAGCAACAGAUACCUUCAGGGCAGGCGGGUCAUGAACUGGGCCACAAGGGACCGUGCGGUGGCGGGGCUGGCGCCCCAAGGGAAAGAGGCAGCCGCAGCUCACCCCCGAAGCGUCAACGCUUCUGUGCUGUCCAGGAAUCCUCCCUCUUCCCAGGCAUCUGCUUCUGCAAAUGGCACCAAGAGCUGGGUGCAUCUGGUGGGGUCUAAACCCUCUACAAGAAUCUACGUGUUCAGUAUUCCAAGAGUCCAAGGGAUCCCAGUCUGCCAGCCAAGCCAGCGGGACUGACGAAGGCAGGACAGGGUCCCAGCCCCCUGGAUCCUGGCUCCUGCCCUCGGCCACCACGCCCCAUCCUGCACGAGGGUUGGCGCUGACGUCUGAGGAAGUCAAGGGCCGGGGUGGCAAGCGGAAACCAGGGACCCCAGACAGCCCUCCCCGCAGGCGCAUUCAACCCACAAGAAGAGAAGGGCGUGCGUGCGGAGGGUCUCCCCGACAGAGCCAGGCCGCCCUGCCCUGGGAAGGUGCCAUUCCGAGGGCCAGGGUCUGAUUUUGUGUUGCUCUGGCUGCUAUGGCCCCUCCCAGGGCCUGGGCAUCACCCCCAGACAAGUGUCGCCGGACUGCGGCCCACAUGAACUCCACAGCCUCCAAGUGGGGACAGGACGAUGAAUGUUUCGUUUUCCCAGGAGCCAGCUGAGUUCUUCCAGAAGAUUCCAGCCCAACACCCCCAGCCAGGACCCCAGCCGCAGGGGCCAGGACUCUGCCAGGAGCUGAUGUGGCGUCUCCUUAGCAACAAGGCACCUCCGGGAAAGAGGAAGGCGGAGGACAGGAAAGCGUGGGCAGGUGAUACGGCCUCUCCCUCCACGGCUAGGCCUCUGCGGGGGCUGCUGCCCAGCGGUGCCGUGGUCAGGGGUGAGCUAUCAGAGCAGAAGCAGAAGCGAGGGAGGAGCCGCGUCCCGGGGCGAGGAAUGCCUGCCACCUGCCAGGGGUCUCACUUCCCUGUCCCCACUCGGUCUCGCCCCACCCCCCAAGGUCAAGGUUGUUCGUCUGAUUACCCAGCAAACCGAGGCUCAGAGGGAAUAAAUGACCCGAGGUCAGCCAGUCCACUAAGGUAGCAGCCUCUGUGAUUCAGGCUGCAGCCUGGGCUCUGGGCGAUGCCCAGGUCACUGACCGCUGAGGGAGUCAUGUAACCAGCUGUUCCUUCAACAUACCGUGGCGGGACCCCUGCUGGGCACAGUGCUGGUGGCGUGGUGUAGUCCUCUGUUGCAGUCCUGGCCCAGAUGCCUGCCCGGGCUUCGCCCAAUAGGCCUUGCACAAUAACCUUAAGGAGACAGGUGUACUGCGUGUCAGAAGCUGCCGAGGGCCACGGGGGCGGGGGGCAACACUGUGGCAAUGUGGGGGCACCCAGACGGAGGUGGGUGCUGUUCUGAAUAGGGAGGGAAACAGCCAGCCUUGUGGACAAAGAAGCACUUGGACAAAGACUUCGAGUAGGUGGGCCUCAGUUAUCUGCCCUGUGAAGUGGGGGUGAAGCCUCGUGGACUUGUGGUGUUCAACUUGACAUGCACCUGGCACAAAGUCCUAAGGAAUUACAGAUACGACGAUGACGAUGAUGACGACGAUGAUGAAACAGCGAAGUCCAGGAUGGAGCCCCGGAUACUAGAUGCCAGACCUCCUGGCCUCCCAGGAUACCCUGCUGCCACCCCGGACACCUGUGAGAGAGAGAUACAGUGGGAGAGACACAGAGGACACGGCCACCCUCGGGGAGCUGACAGGUUGGCAGGAAAGAGACGGCAGGACCGGAAAUGGCGGUGAAGGGGCAGAGCCAACCUCCACGGGCCCGGCUGUGCCGUGCGCGGCAUGGCUGUCACACAGGCCGUUCCCCCGGAGAGGAGCAAAAAGUAAAGCGGUAAAGCGGGCAAUGGGCGUGGUGGCGGCGGCCCAGGGCAGAGGAGAGGAGCUGCACCUGCCUCACACAGGCCCGGGCCUUGGCAUCGGGGGCACCCAGGAAGGCCUCACCCUGGUCCCAUCCUUUCCAGGUGAGGAAACCAAGGCCCAAAAAGACACUGUGGCUUUCUCGGGGACCACGGGAGAGCCAGGGCUCUGGGUCGCGGUGCGGGCCUCCUCGAUGCCCGCUCUGCUCAGCCCCCAGCUGUGACCAGCCUCCCCCAGGAGGCUCCAAGUAUUUCAGAACCCCGGUGCACACACGAUUCCAGGAAAAUGUGGCCAAUGCAUAUUCUUCCAGUUUUGCUGACAUGGAAACCGAGUCAGGGCACAGAGAUGCGGUGCCUGGCCUUGGGACACAGCCGGGCUUGAGGCUGUGAGGAAGGGACAGAGGCUGGAGGCCUGAGAGUCACUGCACGGGCACCACUCCUCCCCCAGGCCUCAAGGCUGCCCCCCCACCCCAGCCAGGUGCAGGGCUCCUGGGAAGGGGAGACACCAAGCUCCCCCACCGCCCGCGGGGACCGUGGAAAGGGGCAGUGUAGGCUGAAGAGAGGGAGGUUAGCCAAGCACCCUGCUCAGCUUCAGGCCGCAGACACGAGCCUUACAGCCCUGGAGGGCAGAUGCAGGAGACGGGAGAAGAUACUCAGGCACUGGGACGUCUCUGCCUAGCCCAAUACAAAAGCUGUCUCGUAUGUACCAAGACUUCAUGUUUGUUCUUAGAGAGCCAGUGCAAAGGCCCUGUGGCCCUCCUCUCUUCCUUGCUUCUGUCCCGAAGAGUCUCUGUCUACCCUGAGGCUCUGGGGUCAGACAGCUCAGGCCUGAGCCCCAGAGACUCCCAGCACCUCAUUCAUCUCUGAACCUCAGUUUCUUCAUCUGCGAAAUGGGGGCAAUGACAGCCUCAUAGAGUGGCUUGAGGUAGGUCCGGCGCUCAGCACAGUGCAGACAUUCUUAGAAAAUCCGUGUGGGGCCCGGCAGCCUCCUGGUCCCCCUGCUGCUGCAGGGCCCCAUUUGACAAGGAUCCACAAGGCAUCACCCGGGCAGUGCUGGACCCGGACGACUCCUUCCCAGGAAGACACAUCCAUCACUCAGGGCUGCGAUGCCGAGUUCAUCUGGGGACAGGGUGACCUCAGCAUCUCCCCACGGGGCGCUCCAGCCCUGUGUCGUGCCCAUCCAGUCCCCUGCCUCUCCAGGGCCUGCCAGCAACCGUCCCAGACAGGCAGCUCUCACCCGUCUCGGACGCAUCAGCCAUUCCCCCCGCGCCUGUCUGCUCUGCCUCCAGCCAGCCGCCCCACCGCGGCAGUCGCCCUCUGGGCCCUCCGCCCCGGACCUGCAGGCAGGCUGCCCCGCCCACGUCACCCUCACAGCGCUCAGGGAGCACUGGGCCGGCCGAGGCUGAGUGGGUCAGGAUGCCCGCUGCUUCCCCUUCUCUCCCAGGACGGGCGAAGGCCACGAGCAGAGCCGCAGGACACAGCGAGGCAGCAGGACGAGAACUGCUGCCCAGUGUGGACGGCCCAGGUCGACACCCCCACCCUUCCCCUGAGUCGCUCGGCACCCAGCGCCCGCUGGCAUCGGCCUGACAGUGACAUUUUGCCCCAAGACCCUCCCCUCCCCUCCAGCCUGAGACAGGCUUCGUCUCUGUUCAGCAACGCGGCUUGGGGCAGGGCCAGGAGGGUGAGGAGAGACAAGCCCCCCCCCCCGUCUCUGCUGAUUAAUUGGGGGCAGCAGGAAAGGAGCAGGCGCCCAUACGCAGGCUCGUAAGUGGGUCUGACAUUUCCCCAGUCCUGGCCUCGCUCCGCACGGCUCGCAGGUGGGAGCCGGUCCCCAAUCACUUUUCCAUUACAGAAAUCGAUGACUUGAAUUACUCCAAAAUAACUAGCACCUUCACGCGCCUGCAAAGCUAAUUUUUCUGUGUCUGCGUCGGCCCACGUGCUCCUCCCUGGGUCUGGGAUCUGUCUUUAUGAGUCAAUCCAGGUAGAACGGAGUCUCGCGUCUGACCGUGACAGAUGGUGGCGGGCUGAGAGCGGGCUUUGGAGCCGGAUCGGCAGGGUCCAGGCUUGGCUCUGGCACUCAGCGGCUGCAGGCCCCAGCCAGGCUACCUUGCCACCUGGAGCAUCCAGUUCCUCGUCUAUAAGGUUGGAGUUCAAACCCAGCCUCCCAGCGCCGUGUCUGCGAGGUGAGCGCGGUAAUGAUGGCCGCGAAGGCUCCCGGUGCGUCCUGAGAGGUGAGGGAAGCCCUGGGCGUGUGGAAACCCGCUCUGCACUGUGGCUCAAGGCCGUCGCCUGAGGAGGUCCCGGGGCCACUGCCGCAGCCACAGGAGCGUCUCACACCGAGGACGCACUCAGCGCUGUCGUCUUACCCACGGCGACGCCGGGGCUCGGGAGGGUGAAGUGGAUUGCUGGGGCCCGUCUCAGGGCUCCCCAUCACCCCGGAUUCAAAGCCGCUGGCCCCAGCGCCAAUGCAGGAAGCGGGCGCUGCAGUGACAGGGCCGGGCAGCUGCUGCAAGGCGUGGGUUCUCCGCGCGAUACAGGUGCCUACGGCCAGUGCAGAGGCCACACUCUGGUCAAAGGAAACAUUCGCACAUCCGCCCCAGGGUCAGCAUCACACACAUAGGCGCUGAGUUGCAACUGCCCGGCUUCUCACAAUGUGAAAUCUGCAGAUCUUUAAUAAAACACUCCUUGUCA